CAACAGGAGAUAGAAUUUGAAGAACAGGGUCUCAAUAAGAUAGACGCUUGACCGGCUUGCAGUACUCUUGACGUCUUCCGUGCCUUUUCGAAAAGUUGCUCCGACUCCUCCAUCAUCUUUAGGGCUUCUUCCGUCUGCCACCUGCUGCUCUUCCACUCCUCCUGGCGAAAAUGCCCCACCAGGCGAGCAGCACGAAACUCGCCGCCAGUCCUCCCGCCUAACGGCCAUCGCGCCGAGGACGAGGAAUCUAGCCACCGGUCAUGGUGUCAUGGUGUCAUGACCGCACCCGCGGCAUGUUCGUUUCUCCGUUCCGCUGGUGGCUUGGCAAAACGGGCACAUCGUGAACGGUCAUCGCAUUGCGACGGAGCUAUCCCAGCUUCGGUUCUUCCUUCGCUGGAGGCCAAUCGCCCAUCAUGAGGUCCUCUUACACUUGCAAUAAAUGCAUAUCCCUCAUUAAGGUGUCGCGACCGCAACUGCGACCCUCCCCGGCGCUCCGCCUCGUGCCGCAAAAGUUGUCGCAACGGCAUCAUUCUACCAAGGCUCCCGCACAAUCGCAGCUCUGCCUUGCCCGACGUGGCAUAUCGACUACCCCGAGUCGAAGAUUCGAGCAAGGUUUCGAGCCGUACGAAUACGUCGACCCCGAGGGCAUCCGACGGAAGCUCGUCCUUACCGAAGACAACCUCUUCCAUUCGUUCACGCACUCUCCCAUCCCAGAGAUCCGCAAACGCGCGGCUUUCAUGCGACAGCACGCCUAUUGCCCUCAUCCCUCGCACAAGCCUACACGUGUGGCGCACAACCCGAACGACCUAGAAAACCGAAAGUCACCGGGAGGCGCCCCGCCAGCCCACGUCAACUUCGAAUGCCCAGACUGCGGCGUGCCCGUAUACUGCUGCGAAGAGCAUUGGGCGGAUGACUAUGAAGCGCAUCUGGAAGUGUGCGAUGUUAUGAGGGAAGCGAACGAGGAUGACCACGAUCUGAGGAGCGGAAGAUUCUUCAAAGAGUUCCAGUUUGCGGAGCCGCAGAUCGAGGAGAUCCUCACCAACAUGAGCAGCUGGGACACAUACUUGUACACUCGAGAUUUCGACGCGCUGAACAAGGACCGGGAGAUGCGCCAGGCGACCAAGCUAUUGACCUACCCCAUGACCAUAGCUAGCGUUAUCCACGAGCUGAGUCCAUACAAUAUCCGGAAGGGCGGGAGGAUGACGCCGGAGGGCCUCAAGAGCUUCAGCGCGUUACGACACUCGCUCCACCCACCGCGAACUGGCGGCGGUGACUCAUGGAAGAACGCACGCCUCGCACCUCCGUCAGUCCGCCUCUUCAUCCUCGGCGCGCGCGCAGAAUCGUCGCUUCCGCGAGAGACAUGGAUGCAGAUGGCAUACCUCUUCCACCGCGUGCAGUUCUCCGUGCACUUCAUUGGGCCUGAAAGCAUGGCGAACCGCGAGAACGAGCUCCCUCUCCCCGAGCGCACACCUCUUAACCCAUUCGGCGCCGUCGUCGAAGAUCGCAUCUCCAACGCCAUGAAGAUCAGCACCUUCGUCGAAUACUACCACGCCAUGCACAAGACCGGCUACUUCUACCCCUACGACCCCUACUUCGACUGCUUCGUCUGCUUUCACCCCGGUUUCGGAAACCCGGCUUCGAUGCACGAAUGGGAGGAGACUCUGCCGCUGCUGCUCGAAACUAAGUGUCCCAUCAUAGCCACGGGCUAUUCGCCAUGGGAUAUGCAGCAAGACGUCGAGCUUCUCCAGAAAAGGUAUGGCAACGAGAUGGAUAUCCUGCUUGAGCCUGGCGAGAAUAUCUUCCGGAGCUUGAGAUGGGAUUUGAACGACCUGGAUCCGCACGAUAUUACGUGCAGUAACUGGGGCUUGUACGCGUUCCGAGGAAAACGAUAUGAGACGACCAGGAAGGAAGAGGAGCCGGAGGAGCAUAGCGAGAGGACGGCAUGAAUGUAUCUAUAGGUGUACUCCGAGAUGUAUAUUAUUGUAUGUUAAAAUCAAUUUGGCAUAUAGACUGAGAUAUACGCCGAGGUUCCGCCAAG